AUGGGGGUUUUCAUCAAUGCCUUUCUUCGCAACAGGAACUCGACCGACAUUGAUCGUCGGUACUGUGCUCGGGAAGUGCCUAUGAAAGUCAUCAUGCUUGGGUUUCCCCGUACUGGAACAGCUUCUUUGACAUCCGCGUUAAGAGUACUAGGCUACCAUCACGCUUAUCAUGGACGAGAUGCACUGACCUUCAAUCCUCGAGACUGCGAGUUAUGGUGGAAAGCCUUGCAGGCAAAAUAUAACGGAAAGGGAAAAGAGUUUGGUCGCAAGGAAUUCGAUCAGCUCCUAGGCCAUUGCCAGGCUGUCUCUGAUAUCCCUGCAAUUUGCUUUGCCGAAGAGCUGAUCGCGGCGUAUCCAAAUGCCAAAGUCAUUUUGACGGUGAGAGAAGUAGGAGAGUGGCAGGAAUCAGUGAGGAAAUCGAUCAUACAAGUAAUCCAGGACCCAUUUCUUUACCCGAUGAUCUUCUUGGAUCACCUUCUUUUCAUGCCAUGGCGCUGGGUCCGACCAACCAUCCUCAAGUCCCGGAAUGUGCUUUGGGGCGACGAUUUCGACAAGAACGGACGGAAGGCCUUUGAGGAACACUAUCAGAAAAUCCAAUCUAUGGUGCCAGCUGAAAGGCUACUGCUCUACCAUGUCAAAGAAGGAUGGGAACCUCUGUGCAAAUUUCUUGGCCAACCAAUUCCUUCGACCUCAAUGAUAAAUGUGAACGACACUAAGGAGUUUAAUCAAAGAGUCCUGGCAAAGAAGGUGUACCAUUGCACCCAGUACAUUGUCAGGAUUGUGGAAAUUGCCGCCUAUGCGUCGCUAUUUACUUUUCUCUGGGCUGUUCUCCAAGGUGGAAAACCAUUGCCAUGGCAAUGA